GUUCUUCUGCUGAAACUGCUGCAUUAUCUCUCUCAUUAAGAAGCCGUUGCAUUUCUCUCUCAUGAAUUAUUAAAUUUCCCCGGAGAGAAGAAGAAGACAUGUAUUCCGCUUGUGGAGCUCUACCCCCGGCCGGCAUUUGUACCAGGUUGAAAUUGAAUAAUGGCGACAGACUCACAGGAAGAAUUAAGGAGACUGAAGGAUGUUAUUCUUAAAUUAUCCGCAGAAAUUGGUGGAAAGAAUCAAAAAAUGGAAUACAUUGCAAAAAAGUUGAAACAAGGUUCGACGGCACUUAGUGAAAUGAAGGAGGAGACACAUCACCUAGAUCAAGCUUAUAAGGAAGAAAAGAGAAACGUGAAGAUUACUAUGCUUGAAAAUCAAAGGUUGCAGAGAGAAAUAGAAAAUCAAAGGAGAGAAAUCGAGCAGCAGGUUAAGGAAAUCAAGAAACGUGACGCCCAAUUGGAUUUCAAGAACAAGCAACUUCUGGUUUUAAGAAUGCUUAAAGGUGCGGCACAGGCUCCAGAAAAGGUAAACACUCUGCAAGGGAGGCAUGAAGGAGUGGAGAACGGGAGUGGUCAGGACAAGGUUCAGCUCCAAAUUGAUACGAAUGGUCUGCACCAGGCUCCACAAAAGGUAAACACUGUUCAAGGGAGGCAUGAAGGAGUGCAAAACAUGAGUAGUCUGGACAAGGUUCAGGUCCAUGUUGAUACGAUUGGUCUGCACAAUGAACUGGAAGAGAAAGAUUAUGAGCUUAACCGGCAGAAGCAAACCCUUGGCGUCAAAGAGCACAGGAGUAACCAUGAUCUGCAGGAGGCGCGCAAAGUUUCAAUUGUGGAAAUUGGAGAGGAAGAUGAUGAAAAAUCAGUAGAGAUAUUAGAUGAUUGGCGCAUGGAAGAUUGCGAAUUCAGUGAAGAAGAAGAAUGCAAUUCCUUUGAAGAUACGUUCCCUCCAAUUCCACCACCAGAAUCUUCUGUUGAUCUGUGCAACGAUAUGCAAAACAGCAGCUCACAUCUUUCGGUGAUAAUCCCUGAUUCAGAAGUUAAAAAGGGAGAUGAAUGCGGCAAGGGAGAUAUUGAAGGCGGUGGAGGAGUAGAAACUGUAGAAUGCAAUGCCUUUCAAGAUAUGUUUCCUCCGAUAGCACCACCAGAAUCUUCGGUUGAUCCGUGCAACGAUAUGCAAACCAACAGCUCAGAUCUUUCCAGUGUACUCCCUGUUCCGGAAGUUAAAAAGCGAGAUGAAUGUGUCAAGGGAGAUAUCGAAGGCGGUGGAGUAGAAACUGUAGAAUGCAAUGCCUUUCAAGAUAUGUUUCCUCCGAUAGCACCACCAGAAUCUUUUGUUGAUCCAUGCAGUGGUAUGCCGAACAACUGCUCAGAUUUUUCCUUUGUACUCCCUGAUCCGGAUUGUGAAAUGACUGAUAUGGAAUGGUUAUCAACCUUUGUUGACGAUUCUAUGUCAGCUGGAGACAUCACUGUGGGCAUAGACUUCUCUGACAACAAUAAGAACGAUGACUCUGCUACAGUCCUUAUGAAUAGCAGCAGCUCUUGCUCUGGUGGGAAGACAAUGGCUCUCAGUCCUGAUACUGCUGUCCUGGACUUGUAUGGAGCAAGCGCCCAUGAUCAGCAAUUUUCUGUCAGUGACCCGCUUCAAAUUUAGCGGGCCUCUCGUAAAUCAUGCGUCAGAAACCAACCAAAUCCCAACUUGUACAUAUCAUCAGAAUCAGUGUAUUUUGCAGAAUCCCAUCCACCCAAAAGAACAGAAGAAGAAAAAAAAAGAGCAGCAGCCUGGUGUACUGUCCUGGAAAUGAGGGUCAAAGGUACACCUGCCAGAUGAGUUCAGUUGCAGAAUUCUUACGAGCUAGAAACUCUUAAGCUUUAAUUCACUUUUUGUUAUUUUGUAUGUUGUAUAAAGUUGGGGGAUGGAGAGGAGGAUAGGAGCAAUUUAUGACUAAUCAAUAUUUGCUGAUGAUCUCAGCAUUUAAAACACGCAUCAUUUUGUGUUCAGAAUGGUUUAUCUGCUUUGUUGCUUAAUUAACAUUUCCAGAAAAAUAAAGGUGGCACGUUUUGUUUCCA